UUCCCGCUUUGCCUCCACCCCGGUAGCAGCUUGGCGGUCGGGGACAGCUUCCUCCGGACGCUCUGCGGGCUCUGCUGCCGCCGCACGUCUGUCACAGGACCAUGGGGUUGCCGAAGGGGCCGGAGGGCCAGGGUCUCCCGGAGGUAGAAACAAGAGAAGAUGAAGAACAAAAUGUCAAGCUAACUGAAAUUCUGGAGCUCUUGGUUGCAGCUGGGUAUUUCAGGGCAAGAAUUAAAGGCUUGUCACCUUUUGACAAGGUAGUAGGAGGAAUGACUUGGUGCAUCACCACUUGCAACUUUGACAUAGACGUUGAUUUGCUCUUUCAGGAAAACUCUACAAUAGGUCAAAAAAUAGCACUAUCAGAAAAAAUCGUCUCAGUCCUGCCAAGGAUGAAGUGUCCACACCAGCUGGAGCCCCACCAGAUCCAGGGCAUGGAUUUUAUUCACAUAUUUCCUGUUGUUCAGUGGCUGGUGAAGCGAGCUAUAGAAACAAAGGAAGAAAUGGGUGACUACAUCCGCUCCUACUCCAUUUCCCAGUUCCAAAAAACCUACAGUCUCCCCGAGGAUGACGACUUUGUAAAAAGAAAAGAAAAGGCCAUCAAGACAGUUGUUGACCUUUCAGAUGUUUACAAGCCCCGUCGGAAAUACAGACGCCAACAGGGAGCAGGAGAGCUGCUGGAUGAAGAAUCUCGAGUCCAUGCUACGCUUUUGGAAUAUGGCAGGGUAGCUGACUCCUUGACGAGAUAUGGAUUUAGCCGCCAGAGCAAAACAGAGAAGGCCGAGGACAAGAAAACGACAUUCCCUGCGGGGCUCUCGGCUGCAGAAAGAGCCGAUGCUCAGGAAGAAGAUGAGCUUCAAGCUGCGGAAGAGCAGCGAAUUCAGUCACUGAUGACCAAGAUGACCGCCAUGGCGAAUGAAGAGAGCCGUCUCACCGCGAGCUCCGUGGGCCAGAUCGUGGGACUCUGCUCCGCAGAGAUCAAGCAGAUUGUGUCCGAGUACGCGGAGAAGCAGUCUGAGUUGUCAGCAGAAGAAAGUCCAGAAAAAUUAGGAACCUCCCAGCUACAUCGUCGGAAAGUCAUUUCCUUGAACAAGCAGAUUCUGCAGAAGACCAAACAUCUGGAAGAGCUCCAGGCAAGUCACACCAGCCUACAAGCCAGAUAUGAUGAAACCAAGAAAACUCUGACAGAGUUGAAGAGCUACAGUGAGAGACUAGACAAGGAGCAAGCAGCCCUGGAGAAGAUAGAAUCGAAAGCUGAUCCAAACAUCCUGCAGAACCUGAGAGCACUUGUAGCCAUGAAUGAAAACCUGAAAAGUCAGGAACAGGAGUUUAAAGCACAUUGUCGAGAGGAGAUGACGCGGCUGCAGCAGGAAAUCGAAAACCUGAAAGCCGAGAGAGUGCCAGCUGGAGAUGAAAAGACCCUGUCUUCUGGAGAUCCACAUGGUGCCCUAACCCCUGUGAUGACUCAUAAUGAAGACCUAGACAAACGGUAUAAUAUGGAGAAAGAGAAACUUUACAAGAUCCGUUUACUACAGGCUCGAAGAAAUCGAGAAAUAGCGAUUUUGCAUCGCAAGAUUGAUGAAGUUCCCAGCCGAGCCGAGCUAAUACAGUAUCAGAAGAGAUUUAUUGAACUCUACCGCCAGAUUUCAGCUGUGCACAAAGAAACCAAGCAGUUCUUCACUUUAUAUAACACCCUGGAUGAUAAAAAGGUUUAUUUGGAAAAAGAGAUUAGCCUGCUGAACUCAAUUCAUGAGAACUUCUCCCAAGCCAUGGCCUCCCCUGCUACCCGGGACCAGUUUUUACGUCAGAUGGAACAGAUCGUAGAAGGAAUUAAGCAAAGUAGAAUGAAGAUGGAAAAGAAAAAGCAAGAGAACAAAAUGAGAAGAGACCAGUUGAAUGACCAGUACUUGGAACUGUUAGAAAAACAAAGGCUGUACUUCAAGACUGUGAAAGAGUUCAAGGAGGUAAGAGGAGGGCUGAUUUACAUCCCACAGCCUGCUCUGAGUGUCCAGGACCAGGUGAUUCAGCCCCAGAUCCUGAACUCCACCUGCAACAGCCGUGAGGAGUCCUGGACUGGGAAGACACCGCUGGAUCUGCCCCCAGGUUCUCAGACCUCAGGGACUGGACUGAGUUGUGACACAGGCUUUCCUGGUUUUUCCAGUUUGCAGAUAGUGUAUCGUGGGACUUCUCAGCUUCCAUCGUCAGAUGAGAAAGGGCUAACCCAGGUGGAUUUGUCGGAGGACAAUUCUCUAAGGCAGCAAAUGGUGGUGAAUUUGAUUCCUUGCCACACUGCUGGAGAGGAGCCCCCUGCAGCCCUCCUCUACCACAAGACAGAGUCCAAUCAACCCCCUGCCCCAAGAUCCUAUGCAGAAGUGCAGGGGGACUGUGACACCCCUGUGGCAGCCGCUGUCCCUUUCAGCCCUGGCUAA